AUGUCCAGCUUGUCUCUUCCUCCGCCCAUGCUCCAGGCCGAGAGCCAGGCAACGGUGCACCCCAUCUGGGUGUCGCAGCCACAGCUACUCUCGUCGAAUGUCAAGCCCAUCAUCAUCGACACCAUCGCAGCGAUCACCAGCGCGCUGCCGCCGUCGCACCGCUGGCACGGCACCACAAUGAACACCCGGGAGCGCGUCAACAUCAUCCAGCUCUUCCUACACUUCAAGCCAUGGGAUACCACCCACGUCGACGACUUCAUCUGCCGUCUCCUACACAUCCUCCAACCGCGCCAGAUCCGCCCCAACCAGAUCCGCGCAGACGAGCGACGCCGGAUCGCGGAGUCCAUGCACCAUGUCCGCCGCAGCCCGUACCACCCGCCCACCGCCUACCGGGACGUCGUCGAGAAGAAGCUCGUCGAGAUCCUGGACGCCUGCGAGGAGGAUCACCAGCACCCUACGCGUCGGUACACAGCGCCGGAGACGCUGCACCCCGUGGCGCCGGAGUCCAAGUCCAAGUCUACACACUGGGCCUUCCGGCAGCACUUCAAGGACGCCAAGGACAGCCUCAAGGACAGCCUCAAGGACACCAGAGCCUGGAAAACUCGCCACUUCGGUACAGUGGCGAGCUGGGACGCAGCAGCAACCACCAAGGCGCAAGUAAAGCCAGAGAACUACGACGAUGCCGACAACGACUACCGCAACGACCACAAGGAACUCCCCCUCAUGUCCGUCGAAUCGUUCGAGCUGCACCACAGCCGCAUCAGUCCCAACACAAGUCCCAAGGGGAGCCGUAGCCGACUCGGCUCAGCCUACACCCACAGCCCCAAGUCACAGUCACACAAAGAAAAGCGUUCCACAAUGCCGACAAUGUCCACAACAACGACAAUCACCGACUCAGAUUCAGACUCGAGCUCGCUCGAGCUGCACCGCAGCCGCGUCAGCCCCAAGACCAAGACCAAGGCCAAGUCGUGCCACGAAGGAAAGAAGUCAGGCUCGAACUCGAGCUCGCUUACACUCACGACGGUGGACUCGCUCGAGAUCUACCGCGCGCACGGCGUCGCACCCGCGAAGAAGAAGAACGGGAAGAAGGAUAAGAAGGGUAAGAAGGAUAGCAAGGCGAAGAAGGACGCCAGCGACGGAAAGAAGGGAUCCCUCCGACGCAUCGGCGAAAAGUGGUCGGCCUGCUGCAAUGAGCGCGUGGCGCACCAUAUGCCUCUCGACCUUGCUUGA